UGGCUCAGUAAAUACUUAUUGGCAGAAGGUUCCCCUCGUCUCAGCUUCAUUUGUAACGUGGAGAAAAGAGUAGCACUUUCUCGUAGCUGAGCAGAGAAACCGCACACUGCUGAGGGAGGCGCAUGGCUCCACAUAUGCCCAGGAUGGUGGGCUCUGCUCUCCUCUGGCUGACCUUGGCCUCUGGCCUUCUGACGAUGGUACCUGCAGUGCAGCCAGACCCCACUACUGUGAUGAACAAGUGUGAGGAGUCCUGCCGGCCCGAGGAAGAGUGCCGUGCUGUCGAUGGUGUCUGGGGCUGCUUCUGCAGACGGGACCUCAAUAGCUCUGACGUCCACAGUUUGCAGCCCCAGUUGGACUGUGGGGCCACAGAGAUCAAAGUGUCGCUGGACAGGUGUCAACUGGGAGCCCUGGGCUUUGGGGAGGAGGUCAGUGCCUACCUGCAGGACCCACACUGCAACAGCAGCAUGCAAAGUGAGCCCCGGAACUGGAUGUCUGUAACCAGCCCCGCCCAGGCCGGUGCCUGUGGGAAUAUCCUGGAGAGAAAUGAAACCCAUGCCAUCUACAAAAACAUGCUCUCCUUGGCUAAUGAUUUCAUCAUCAGAGACACCAUCCUCAACAUCAACUUCCAGUGUGCCUACCCACUGGACAUGAAGGUCAGCCUCCAGACUGCCCUGCAGCCUAUUGUAAGUUCCUUGAACAUCAGCGUGGGCGGGAAAGGAGAAUUCACCAUCAGGAUGGCGCUUUUCCAAGACGAGAACUACACCUCUCCUUACGAAGGGGACAGAGUUGUGCUGUCGGUUGAAUCCAUGCUCUACGUGGGUGCCAUCUUGGAUGGAGGAGACACCUCCAGGUUCAGACUGUUGAUGAGAAACUGCUAUGCCACCCCCACGGACGACAAGGCAGAUCCGGUGAAGCAUUUCAUCAUCAGAAACAGCUGCCCAAAUCUGCAGGACCCCACCAUCUAUGUGGAGGAGAAUGGAGUGUCCUCGGAAAGCCGGUUCUCCAUCCAGAUGUUCAUGUUUGCCAGGAAUCAUGACCUCGUUUUCCUGCAUUGUGAGGUUCAUCUCUGUGACUUCCUUAAGGAGCAGUGUCAGCCGUCUUGCACCAGAAACAGACUCCGCAAUGAUGUCACGACUCUCGACCCAGCCUAUGUUCUAGAUUUGGGACCCAUCACUCGCAGAGGUGCCCAGGCUCUUGGUGUUACCGGUGGGGCCUCCAGCACCACAGGGUUCCUGCUGGCCUGGCCGGUGCUUCUCCUGCCUGUCCUGCUGGCUUGGCUCUUCUGAAAGGCUCAAGUCACCAGACGGUGUCAGCAUGCGUCGACUCGGAGCCAGGCUGGAUUUGGGGCAAGAGAUGAACAUUCCCUUUCUGUAGCCUCCCAGUCAGUGCUUUAAGAUCGGCCCUUGCUCCUCCGGAUGGGAGCCCUGUUGACUUGACCUGGCCUGACGUCCUCAUUCAUUGGCCCACUCUGAGAGCACACUGGCCAAAUGCCUCAGGGUCGCCCUCACCUUUGCUGCA